AUGUUCACUGCAAACCCUCCCGAGGACCUGCGGCGCAGCUGCGAGUUCCUCAGGUACCAAAAGGCGAACGGCAAAGAGGACUGCAUCCUCGACUUUGCUGUGUACGGGCGGGGCCAGCUGUGGCGCACUCUCUACUCCGAGAAGCUGGGAACGGGUCGCCCCCUCGUGCCAUCAGUCGGCAGCUCGGACAAGGUGGAAGACCACCUGGUGGGCAUCUACAGCACGGUCCCGACAGCGUCGGCGCUGAAACCGUGUUCGACCGACCUGCUGGUGGCAUACACCCGGCCAGCUGGCGGCGCGCGCGCACGCGGGGAAAGCCAACGGCCCCAACCGAGGACUGCUGUGGCAAUCCGAGCGCAGUAUGCCGACGAAAGGCCCCAACCCGUCAGCCCAUUGACCCAAGUCGAAUGCGACCGGCUGCUGAAGAGGUACCAGAGGGAUCACCCUGGAGCUUCGAUCGCUCGGGCUCCCGAGCAUCUUGGUGGCACCAUUUUUGCGGUGCACUUUGAUGUUCCGGAACCGUACUGCUGGAUUGCAGGGCGCGCCCACCAGUCCCCUGGCAACUCUUGUGGUUAUCUGGUCUACGACAGGGCCCACCCAUCAAAGGCCCUGUACCGCUGUCACGCUGGUGAUUGCAGUGGGACCGGCAGCCAUGGCCAGAGACUCCAACGCGUUUUGCUUCUUGAUGGGGACCACAUCGAGAGCUGGACGGAAGAGUACGAGCUGGUUGGGCGGAUGCGCGCAUACCCUGUGCCCGAUCUGAGCCCCGGCGCGACACCUCUCACGACGAUGGUGAUGGCCAACAUGGGGGCCGGGAAAUCAAAGGCGCUGUUGCAGAAGCUCCUUCCAAAGAUUCCCCCGAGUGCUUCGAUCUGCAUCAUCGCUCCGAACAUAGCGCUUGCUGACAAAUACUUAGAGGAUACCAAAGCUCAGGAGCCUGGCUUCGUGUCCUACCGAGACGAAAACCUGACAGGGAGAAUCACGUCAAAGCGAGUCAUCGUCUGCGUCAAUCCCCUCCCCCGGGUGCUGCCCCGAUUCGACCUGGUGGUUCUUGACGAAGUCAACUUCACGCUGACUAACAUGGCAUCCACGGUUAUGAAGGACAAUAAGAAGGUUUUCUUCGCUCUCGAGGGCAUUGUGGCGAGCGCCAAAGCAGCUUUCCUCUGCGACGCCCAUCUGAACAACCCGAGAGUGGUAGAGUGGGUUCAGGCGCUGCGGCCGGACAGUAAGUUUCACAACAUCCGCAACACUGGGGUCUGGCCCACAGAACGCAAAGCGGAGAUCCUGCCCAUGCCGGGGCCCCUGAAGGGGAGGGGCCAGCCUGCAGCCACUUUCAGCUGCAUAAUUGAAGAGAUUCUGGACCACGUGGCGGACGGGAAGAAGGUGAUGGUCCCUGCAACGAGCAAGACUUUUGUUGAGUUACUGGAAGCCGACUUCACAAGACGUUUUCCAGACAACUCAAAGACGAUCAUCGCGUUCCAUGGAGGCAAGAGGGGUGGGAAAGACAAGGCUCUGCUCCGAGAUGCAAUCCGUCACCCUGACAAAGCCCUUCUAGCAGACGUGCUGACCUUCACGCCCACGAUUGGCCCUGGGGUCUCGAUUGAGAAGAAGCAGAGCUACGAUCUUGUGAUCGGGGUGGCCGUGAACUCUGAUAACCACCCUGAUGCACAGGUUAUGAUGCAGCAAAUCCACCGAGCGCGAGAUGCAGGUGACAUUCGCGUUUUCUAUGGCGAGCUGAAAGGCAGUCAAAAGGUGGUCUACCCCGGGGACAAGGAGGAGGUUUUUCGACGUUUGGAAGCAGACGAUGAGUGCUUGGCGGACAUGAUGAAGGAGGUGGGCAGUACUGACCACUUGGACAUGAUCAGGGGAAAGUCUGGCGAACGGGCCAUCUACGAUCGGAACUCUCCAGCCUGCAACCUCUACGCCAACAAUAUACUCGGAAGGGCUGAGAGUCGACAUCGGUAUCCUGAGCUUUUGGUCGAGGAUAUGCGGCGACAGGGGUUAGCCGUGUCCGACUUCACCGGUUUCAAAUCGGUUGACCAUCGACCAGAGGCGGAGGAUGUGCAGAUGGAGGCUGAAGAAGAGUUGACCGUCGAGGAGUGGCGGUCAAAGCAUCUGAUCUCCUACGACACCUUCGAAGACAUUCAGAGGAGAUUAAGCAAGGAUGUGAGCCCCGUCGAGGUUCUGAACUACAAUAUCUGGGAGAGGGCUAUCACGGAGUAUGGGGUCAUGUACGCGAAUCUGGAUCAGGACUUUGCAAAGACCUAUGUGACGGGGAAGCAGGCGGAAUCUCUGAGGAACAAGUUUCUCAACUACCGGAGAUUCGUCACCUCCGACUUCGAAACCCAAUCGAGGAGCCUCCCCGACGCCGUUCGAGAAGGUGAGGAGCAGAGGAACAUCCAAGAUUAUCUGGAGUUUCGGAACCAGCCGAGCAACGGCGUGGCAUACGCUUGGGCGAUUUUGGCGGCUCUCCAGGGCGUGGCACCGGAAGAGGUUGACAAUGGGGUGCUCCUUUCUACUCCGUACCUGGUUUCGGAGAAGAAGUUGCUGCAAGUCUUCGAUAUGCCGAGAUUCAGGAUCGUAUCAUUAUU